AUCGACACUCCCUCCCAGCUUGAUGUCAUCUGCAAACUUAUUGAUGACACCUCCAAUGUCCUUAUCAAGGUUGUCAAUAAAGAUGUUAAACAGAAAUGGUCUCAACACUUAGCCCUGUGGAACACCACUUGGGACCGGCCGCCAGCUGAAUUUAAUUCCAUUGACCACCACACUUUGGGCCCAUCCAUCCAAUCAGUGCUUCAUCCAGCAGAUGCAGAAAAAAAAACCCUGGUAAAGGGAUCCCUCUCUGGAACUUCAGUCCUGCCGUGCUUCUUUUCAACCACGCCCACUAUAGCCUCCAGCUAUGCAGCUGAGUAUCUUCGAAUCAAAUGGUCAAAGGUUGAACUGGAUAAAAGUGGAAAAGAUGCAAAGGAAACCACAGUUCUGGUGGCCCAAAAUGGCAACAUCAAAAUAGGUCAAAGCUACAAAGACAGAGUCUCUGUUCCGUCCCAUUCAGAGGAGACCGGUGACGCUUCGCUGACUAUCUCUAAACUGCGCGCAAGUGAUGCAGGAGUGUAUCGCUGUGAUGUUAUGUACGGAGUUGAAGACACACAAGGCAUUGUAUCAUUGGCUGUUGCAGGUGUUGUAUUUCAUUAUCGUGCAGCAACCAGCAGGUAUACUCUGAAUUUUACACAAGCUCAGCAGACUUGUCUGGACAACGGGGCUGUCAUAGCAAGCCCAGAGCAACUGAAAGCAGCCUAUGAAGAUGGAUUUGAGCAAUGUGAUGCUGGCUGGUUGUCUGACCAGACUGUUAGGUAUCCAAUUAGACAUCCAAGAAUUGGCUGCUUUGGAGAUAAAAUGGGAAAGAAAGGAGUCAGAACAUACGGGCGCCGUUUUCCUAAUGAAACAUACGACGUGUACUGCUAUGUGGAACACAUGGAAG